AAACGCUCCACUUUUCGUGCAGGAGACUGUGCUUCCAAGGGCCGUGACUGAACCGACACUCCCUCGACCCUCGGAGCCGCAUCACAGCCGUGUUGAGCCCUCGCUGCCUUUAGAGCACCAAGCGCCCAGCCCAACCCUUAUCUUGCUGAUACACCUCAUCGUGCGAUCAAUUGUGGUGUCCCCCCCUGAAACUCAGCCGGCCGAUUCGGAGUUAUCCUGAUUCAGCCAUGGCUACCGUGUCUUGCCCUUCAGCUACCCUGUCAAGGGCCGCCCUCGCGCCGGCGUCCCUGUCAGGCGUGUCUAGCCGCAAGAAUGUGAGCUUCUCGAGCUUCACCCCCAAAGCCAGCUUCGGCGUGAAGGCGGGUGGACGGGUGACGAUGGAGGUGGCCAAGGACAAGCCGAGAGAGGGGUCCAAGGAGCCGUCCAAGGAGACGCUCCUCACCCCGCGCUUCUACACCACCGACUUCGACGAGAUGGAGCGGCUGUUCAACAGGGACAUCAACCCGUACCUGAACCAGGCGGAGUUCGACGCGUGCCUGGAGGAGUUCAAGGCGGACUAUAACCAGACGCACUUCGUGCGGACGCCCGAGUUCAAGGUGGCGGCCGACAAGAUCCAGGGCCCGGCCAGGGAGAUCUUUGUGGAGUUCCUCGAGCGCUCCUGCACAGCCGAGUUCUCCGGCUUCCUCCUCUACAAGGAGCUCGGCCGCCGCCUCAAGAAGACCAACCCCAUCAUCGCGGAGAUCUUCACCCUCAUGUCUCGCGAUGAGGCUCGGCAUGCCGGUUUCCUGAACAAGGCCCUCUCCGACUUCAACCUGUCGCUGGACCUGGGGUUCCUCACCAAGGCGCGCAAGUACACCUUCUUCAAGCCGCAGUACAUCCUCUACGCCACGUACCUCUCGGAGAAGAUCGGCUACUGGCGCUACAUCACCAUCUGGCGCCACCUGGCGCAGAACCCCGAGUACCAGUGCUACCCCAUCUUCCAGAAGUUUGAGAACUGGUGCCAGGACGAGAACCGCCACGGCGACUUCUUCACCGCCAUGCUCAAGUGCUACCCCAAGUUCCUUCAGGACUGGACCUCCAAGCUCUGGGCGCGCUUCUUCUGCCUCUCGGUGUACGUGACGAUGUACCUGAACGACCACCAGCGCACGGCUUUCUACGAGGGUCUGGGCCUGAACACGAAGCAGUUCAACAUGCACGUGAUCAUCGAGACCAACAAGACCACGGCGCGCAUCUUCCCCGCCGUGCUCGACGUCGAGAACCCCGAGUUUCAGCGCCGCCUGGACGUGCUGGUGGAGCUCAACCAGAAGCUUGUCGACAUUGGCAAGAGCGACGCGCCCGAUGCCCUCAAGAGCGUGCAGCGGUUCCCCGUGCUGGCGUCGUUCGUGGGUGAACUGCUGGCGCUCUACUUCAUGCGCCCAGUGGACUCCGGCUCCGUCGACUUCAUUGACAACGAGCCCCAGAUCGUCUACUAGGCCUCCAGCCUGAUUUGUGAUUAUACAGGGGCUUGACGCCUGCUUUGUACAUGUGGAAUGCCAGGAAUGAAGCCAUUUCUUUAACCUAAAGCAAUGAUAUCCACCAACAGGCAACUAAGCUAAGGGUUUUGGGGGCUUAAACAUGCUACGCUGGCGAAUGACACUCUGGCAAGACACUGACCACCUGUGCUUUAGUCUCUUCAGGGAGAAACACAGCCUGCUGUAAAAUCAGUGAUAAAGUCUUGUAUGUCAAUGAACAUCCUCUUGAGAC